GGGCGGGGCCUGCUCGCGGGGGCUUGUGGCUCCUUCCUGUACAGCCUCUCUCUUUCGCUCAGGCCCGUGGCGCCAGCAGGAUGGGCAAGUGUCGCGGCCUUCGUACUGCCCGGAAGCUCCGCAGCCACCGGCGCGAUCAGAAGUGGCAUGAUAAACAGUACAAGAAGGCCCAUCUGGGCACGGCCCUGAAGGCCAACCCUUUUGGAGGCGCUUCCCAUGCCAAGGGGAUUGUGCUGGAAAAAGUAGGGGUUGAAGCCAAACAGCCAAAUUCUGCUAUCAGGAAGUGUGUCAGGGUCCAGCUGAUCAAGAAUGGCAAAAAAAUCACAGCCUUUGUUCCCAACGAUGGUUGUUUGAAUUUUAUUGAGGAAAAUGACGAAGUUCUGGUUGCUGGAUUUGGUCGCAAAGGUCAUGCUGUUGGUGACAUUCCUGGAGUUCGCUUUAAGGUUGUCAAAGUAGCCAAUGUGUCUCUUUUGGCCUUAUACAAAGGCAAGAAGGAAAGACCAAGAUCCUAAGUUUUGAUGGGGAAAUCACAGUAGUAAUAAAUUUUCAUAUGCCUAAA